ACGUGACUGCAAUGCCUCCUUCGUCAACAAGGAAAAAUCAUACAGAAAACUCCUUCACCCAUUAUUUCCAAGAGAUCCCCCCCAACGCAUCUCCGAGGCCCUCCUUCGUCUCCAAGGAAACCAUCUCUCUCUCUACACCUCUUCGAUUCACUCCCGAUGCAAGAAACAGACCUCCACGACUUGUCCGACGACUCGGAUUACGCCGCCUCCGUACACCACGGUUCGGCUAGCUUGACUCGGAGUGGUAGUAGUAAACGGAGCUCGGCAAGUGAUUCAGAUGGCGCUGAAGUUGUUUACUUGAAAGAGAAUGUGGCAGUUCAUCCAACUCAGUAUUCAUCCGAGAGAAUUAAUGGGCAACUAAGAUUAAUUAAGCAGGGAUCUUCUCUGUUUAUGACAUGGAUUCCAUACAAAGGUCAAAGCUUGAAUGAGAGGUUGUCCGAUAGAGAUAGGAAUCUCUAUACGAUCAGGGCAGUACCUUUUACAGAUGUCCGAUCAAUCCGUCGGCACACUCCGCCUCUUGGGUGGCAAUACCUAAUUGUUGUUCUGUCAUCAGGACUGGCGUUUCCUCCUCUUUACUUCUACAAUGGAGGAGUCAGGGAGUUCCUUGCUUCAGUAAAGCGACAUGUUUUUCUUGUCAGGUCAACAGAAGAUUCUAAUGUACUUCUUGUGAAUGAUUUUCAAGAUCGCCUACAGAGAACUUUAUCUUCUUUGGAUUUGCCUAGGACUGUUUCUGUUGCAAAUGGUCUAUCUUCAGCUAUAUCAGUUGGUGAUUUACCCUCGAAUGGAAAUCAAGAGAGGAAUGAAGGAGGUACCUUUGAUGGAAGUGCAAGUCAUUUUGAGCAUAAUGGGAGGCGGAGGCAAAAGGUUCCUGCUCGAGAUCUUCCGAUCCAAGUAUUAGAAAAAUUCUCUCGUGUGACCAGACUUGCCCGGGAAACCACUUCACAACUUUUCCGAGAAAGUCACAGUGAAACCGGUUUCGGUGCUAAUAAGAGAAAGAACCAUAACCAGGCUCCCCAUGCUCAACCUAGCAAUUCAGCAUCCAAUGAUCUAGAAAAAGUUUCCACUGAAAUUCCUGAAGUCUCAGGUCCUUUGGAGGUAACCUUUUGUUGCUUCACUCCUUCACAAAUAUCUAAAACCCUGUCUAGUAAAAGAGAUGAUUAUGAAGAAGCUGCCACCAAUGUGGGAACUUUUGAGCUAAUCGAUUCUAAGGAGGUUGAUAGAUUAGCACUAGUAUGGGGAAAACAACGUCAGCCUCCUUUAGGUGCUGAAGAGUGGUUGGCUUUCUUUGACUCUAAAGGACGAAUUAUGCAUUCAAAAUCAUUAAGAAAGAGGGUAUUCUAUGGGGGCAUUGAUCAUAGGCUACGGAAAGAGGUCUGGCCAUUCUUGUUGGGAUAUCAUGCAUGUGAUUCAACAUAUGCGGAGAGGCAAUAUCUUGUGUCAGUUAAAAAGUCAGAGUAUGAGACCAUUAAAAACCAGUGGCAGAGUAUCUCCAAGGAACAAGCAAAAAGGUUUACGAAAUUUAAGGAGAGGAGAGGUCUUAUUGAGAAAGAUGUGGUAAGGACUGACAGAUCACUCUCAUUCUAUGACGGGGAUGACAACCCAAAUGUGAAUCUACUACAUGACAUACUGCUAACAUACUCGUUCUACAACUUUGACCUGGGUUACUGUCAGGGCAUGAGCGAUCUUUUGUCACCGAUAUUGUUCGUAAUGAGGGACGAGUCAGAAUCAUUUUGGUGUUUUGUUGCAUUGAUGGAACGACUUGGACCAAAUUUUAAUCGAGACCAAAGUGGCAUGCACUCGCAACUUUUUGCAUUAUCUAAGCUGGUGGAGCUGUUAGACAGCCCUUUACAUAAUCAUUUUACGCAGAACGACUGCUUGAAUUAUUUCUUUUGCUUCCGAUGGGUUCUUAUACAAUUUAAAAGGGAAUUUGAAUUUGACAAAACAAUGCGGCUGUGGGAGGUGUUGUGGACCCAUUAUUUGUCUGAACACCUACACCUAUAUUUCUGCAUUGCAAUCCUGAAGAGGUACCGUCCCAAGAUAAUUGGGGAGGAGAUGGAUUUCGACACACUCUUGAAGUUUAUAAAUGGGCUAAGCGGGAAAAUUGACCUUGAAUCGACCCUUAAGGACGCAGAGGCUUUGUGCAUAUGUGCUGGUGAGAAUGGAGCUGCCAUCAUUCCUCCAGGUACUCCUCCUUCAUUGCCGGUUGAGGAUGGAAUAUCAUACUCUCAACUAGAUGAUGAAGUUUUGUAGAACUGGUCCCCAUUUUUCUAAGGAUUUCUCGUAUCAUGUUAAGAACAUCCAAGUGCACAGAGUUGGCGCUUAAUGUAACUAUUGAUUUUGUAAUUUGUCCCCAAAUAGAUUGACAUCUUUUCUGGCAAUAAAAUGCUUGUAUUCAUUAUUGAU